AUGCAUGUCCCGCAACUUGCUGUAGAUUCAACUAGUAGUAUAUAUAAGUCAAGUAUAUUUGCUGCCUACCCCAACUUGUUUGGGACUAAAGGCUUUGUUGUUGUUAACCUUGACUGGGGGGAUUCAAGUAAGGCAAGAGUGUAUCAUUGCUGUUUGGAGAUAGCAGAUGGCUCCGUAGUUACCAUCUUUAAGGGGCCAUAUCUUGAAACCUCGAGGAACAAGCUGCAGAAAGUUGUUGGCGAUGAAAACAUUCUUGUUGUGAAGUUCUCGGAUAUACCUGGGCAAAGAAACUUUGGCAAUAACGUCGGUGCCUACUAUAGUGUUUACCAUAAGGUUGCUGAAGAUGGCAUCAGCUUGGGUUUGCGUCGUUACCGUUAUCUCAUUCACAAAGACGGGGGCAAGGAGGAGAAACGAAAAGAGGGAACCAAGAAAUUUUCUUCCGGUGUUAAAUGCUACUUUCUACGCACUGAAUCUGGGUGGAACAGAGAUGAUGGUUAUAUCCUCUCCAAUAAAACAAUUGAUGAGGCCCGCAAACUUUUUAUGCACGUUCACACUGUUCCCACCUUGGCAAAAUAUUUGGCCAGGUUUGCUUUGGUAUUGUCCAAAGAUAGAAAUGGAAACAUUGUUUUCAGUCAUGGGGAGCCUUUGAUCCACACUGAUGGGACUGGCCUAAUCUCAGAAGAUAUAGCCAAUAAAUGCCCGACGAGUGUCGUCAAGGGAAACUUUUCGAGGACACCUGACCUGCAACUUCUUCCUGGAACUAUUAAGAUACGGCGGUCAAUGAUCAAAACAGCAUCUGAUCCAAAUCUACAGGACGAGCAGUCCUUUAACUCACUGGAAAUAGUUGGUACAAGCAAAUAUCCAAAAAGAGCCUUUACAUCAAGGUUUUUAAUCGCACUGCUUCACUAUGGAGGGGUUCCAGCAGAUUAUUUUUUGGAGCUUGUAAGGAAGGCACUAAAAGAUGUUGAGAAAGCUUGUUAUAAAGCUAGUGAUUCUCUCGAAGUUGCAUAUAACCAUGCCAACUUGGAUGAUUCCAUGUCGGCACGAAUGAUUCUUUCUGGAAUUCAACCUGAAGAUGAUGCAUAUUUGCAAUACCAGCUGGCUUUUAUGAGUCGAGAAGAAAGAGAAGGAAUCAAAUUAGGAAGGAUUCCUAUUGAGGAGAGUUACUAUCUGAUGGGCACAUCAGACCCUACAGGGACACUAAAGCCCAAUGAAGUUUGUGUGAUACACGAGAAUGGACAAAUUUCUGGAGAUGUUCUUGUCUAUACAAAUCCUGGGUUACAUUUUGGCGAUAUACAUGUGUUAACUGCAACUCCAAUUCCUAAUUUGGAGAAGGAGAUUGUAGGAUUUUCCAAAUAUGUUAUAAUAUUUCCUAUUUCUGGUCCACGGUCUUUGGCUGACAAGAUGGCUAACAGCGACUUCGACGGUGAUAUGUACUUUGUAUCAAGAAAUCCCCAGUUACUUGAGCACUUCAGACCAUCUGAAGCAUGGGUUCCGAGAAACCCACCAAAAAAAGUCGAACAAAAGAAUCCUCGGGAUUAUGGUGGACCCCAGCUGGAAAGCCUGUUGUUCAAAGAAUUUUUGAAAAGUAGAUUUGUACCCAGUUAUACGAUAGGUACAGCUGCAGAUUGUUGGCUGGUAUACAUGGAUCAACUUUUGGUAGGCCAAGUUCAAGAAAGCAAACGCGAAAUGGAAAUAAAGGAUAAGACGCUUGACUUAGUUGACAUAUACUAUGAGUCUCUGGAUGCUCCCAAGACAGGGAUCAAGGUCGAUGUCCCCGAUGCACUGAGGGUCAAAAAAUAUCCCCACUAUAUGGAAAAAGGAGAUGAUCGGUCCUACCAUUCAACAUCAGUGCUCGGACAGAUCUAUGACGAAGCAAAAGCAUUGUCAGAGCAGUCUAAAGAUAUUCCUCCAAUCAAUAUAUCGCCCGUGGCGUGCUUUACAGAGGUGGCCGUGGGGGUAACCAAAGAGCGCAAGGAGCAGUGGAAAAGGCUUUACGACGAGUAUCGAGGAGAGAGCACAGCCCUCUACGAUAAGAAGUACAGCAAAGAAGAGAGAGACGUGGGGUUUACGAAGCUUUACCAGGGAAAAAUAUCAGAUAUAUCGCCCGUGGCGCGCUUUACAGAGGUGGCCGUGGGGGUAACCAAAGAGCGCAAGGAGCAGUGGAAAAGGCUUUACGACGAAUAUCGAGGAGAGAGCACAUCCCUCUACGAUAAGAAGUGCAGCAAAGAAGAGAGAGACGUGGGGUUUACGAAGCUUUACCAGGGGAAAAUAUCAGAUCUAAAGGUUGAAAAGCUCCUGGAGCAUCUAAGAUUAGGUGCUCCCGUAGCAUCAGAUAUCCUCCCGCUUUACCAGAAGUACAGGCGGAUGAUGUACGACGCCGAGGAGUUCGACGAUAGCCUGAGGAACUACAACGAGCUGUUCGGCGAGGCCUGUGCCAUCUACCAGAUCGUCUAUGAGUACGCGCAGAGUCAGAACAAGGCUACAUUGUGCGGCUUUGCGUGGAAGGUCGCCGGCCGCGCACUGUGCCAUCUCCACGCAAUAAAGCGUGGCGGGGAGACGGUGCUCUGCUCGCAAUCCGUCCUCCGGGACGCUUUCAAGAAGAACCGUUGA